UGCGCGGUGUUGGCUGGUAGGCGUUUCUGCGUCGGAGCACACGGACUUUGUCCGGACCCCGAGGAUCCUUCCACGGUUUAUUUAGCUGAGGUUUCUUUCACCGAGCUGUGCGUCAGGAUGUCUUCAUCACGUUUUGCCAGUCGUCACAGAAAGGAUUUAAGUACUGAUAUGAUUAGAACAAAAAUUGCUCAUAGAAAAUCACUAUCCCAGAAAGAAAACAGAUAUAAAGAAUAUGAACGAAAUAGACACUUUGGUUUGAAGGAUGUCAACAUUCCAACCUUGGGAGGUAGAGUUCUUGUUAACAUAGAUGAGACUGCUCAAGACCUUAUUCCAGAGACCAGUAUCAAGACAAGAUCAAUGAAAGCUAUCCAAAGUGAUGAACGAAGACAAAUGCUCCAAAAGUACAAAGAAGAAAAACAACUUAAAAAACUGAAAGAACAAAGAGAAAAGGCUAAACAAGGAGUAUUUAAAGUAGGUCUUUAUAGACCUGAUACUCCUUGCUUUCUUUUAACAAACCAGAAUGCUCUGAAAGCUGAGGGGAAAAAGGCUAUUCCAUCUAAUGUCCGGAUUACAAGAUCAAAGGCCAAAGACCAAAUGGGACAGACUAAGACUCAAGCAAGAGAAGAAAUCUUGGCCCAACAAUGUAUCACUUACUCUACCAAGACAGUACAGCAAGAUUUGAAGAAAUUGCAAUGUCCUUUGAGUUCUCUACCUGUUAGUGAAGAAGAACAUGACUUAAGUAAGAAGGAAGCUAUUACUAAAAACUCAAAUUGCCUUCCGAUAAAAGAAGCCCCAUCACUUGAAAUAAAUGGAGGUCAGCUAUCUCAGCCACAGCACGACGUGCCAUAUUUCAGACAGAUCCUCCAGUCAGAAACUGAGAAAUUAACCACCGUCUGCCUUGAGUGGGACAGGAAGCUUGAAUUGGACAUUCCGGAUGACGCUAAAGAUCUUAUUCGAACAGCAGUAGGUCAAACAAGACUCCUUAUGAAGGAAAGAUUCAAACAGUUUGAAGGACUGGUGAAUGACUGUGAAUAUAAGCGAGGUGAAAAAGAGACUACUUGUACAGACCUGGAUGGAUUUUGGGAUAUGGUUACUUUUCAGGUAGAAGAUGUUAACCAAAAAUUCAACAAUUUGACCAAACUUGAAGAAUCUGGAUGGCAAAACAAUAACAACAAUACCAGCAGAAAAGUCAUUCGAAAGAAAAUUGUCUCAGGGAUAGCAAGCAAACCAAAACAGGAUGAUGGUGGAAGGGCUGCGGCUAGAAAUCGCCUUGCUGCCAUAAAAAAUGCCAUGCGAGAGAGAAUUAAGCAGGGAGAACAUGCUGACACAGUGGCUUCUGUAACACCAAAGGAAGUGGAUAAAAUCGUGUUUGAUGCUGGAUUUUUUAGAGUUGAGAGUCCUGUGAAAUCAUUCUCAGUACUGUCCUCUGAAUGCUCUCAAAGACUUGGCACACCUAAGUCUGUCAGCAAAGUUGUACCUGAGAACAGGACUGAAAUGGACCUUCUAGGUCAAAAGCCAUCACCAGAGAAUCCCAAUCCCCAGAGUGAACAUGCUGGCAAGAAGACAUUGUUUUCAAACAUUCCUGAAAGCAGAGACACCAUAGAAGAUGCUCAGUGUUCUGAAUCAGAGGAUGUAAUUGAAGUAAACCAUGGCCAGGUGGUAAAUCACUCAGAUACAAAUGAGGUAAAUUUUGAAAUGUAUUGUGUACCCAGUGAAAGAAUGAGUUUGCCUCUUCCCUCUGGAGUAGCCAAUGAUACUAGUACUAACAAAGAAAUUUCAGAUGUUGUAGAAGAAAUGGAACUCAAUUCUUCAGUUGCCUCACAGGAUGUUUUGAUGAGUAGCCCUGAAAAAAAUGUAUCAUUACAAAAUACCAUCCUGAAAGAAGCUGAAACUUCUCAGUCAGUACUUUGCGAUAAUAGAAGUCUCACUACUGAAUGCCACUUUCUUGAUUCACCAGGCCUGAACUGUGGUAACCUGGGCACUCAGAUGGAGAACAGACGUCAAGAACAUGCCAGACACAUUUCUUUUGGUGGUAACCUCAUUGCCUUUUCUCCGCUGAGGCCACUUAGUGGAGAAUAACCAGGAAAAUCAGCCCAAUAUUUUCCUUCAUGAUGUUGAUGCAGUGACACAUUCUUAGACUAUGUAUUAGUUCAUCUUAUUCAGUCCACUUGUAUAAUGUCAUAGUGUUCUAAUAUUCAGUGUUUGUUCAUCAAAGUGUGUUUUAGAUAGGAUACUAUUUCUCAAGGGAAGUAGGGAUAUUUUUUAUUGUAACCAUAUAAAAUAAAAAGGUGUACUUUGAUUUGA